AUGUUCGAAACAACCUUCACCCACUCCUCGACCGCAACUCUUCCACAUCCAACUUCAAUGUCUCACGCUCUAUCUCUUCUCCACGACUUCAACACAGUCAUACACCUAAGCCCCGAAUGCAACGGAUUCCGAGCCAUCCCAUCACCCGUCCCAAACCAAAAAGACGACCACAUCCAGCACUACGAAGUCGAAGACCAACUCCACUUUCUUCCCAGAUAUCUCUGGAGUGGUAACGUCAAAUAUACAGCCGACUUCCUCCCGCAACACGACGGCUGCGACAUCACGGUCCACGCACCCGGAGGAUUGACGAGUCAUACGAGAUGGCGGCUGACGAGGGAAGCGGUGGUGGCUGAGACUGGACAAGCAGGGUCGGAGAACAAAGAGUUCGCUAAAGAUCUCACGGAUGAGGAUGGGACGGGUGUGUGGUAUGUGCAGAUUGUGAGCGAGGCGGCGUGCAGUCUUACGUAUGCGAAUUUCGUCAAGGGGUUCCUGAAGGAUAGUCAUCAGAAGUUGUUGGAGGCGUAUGUGGAGAAGGUCAAGGAGGGUCCGGCGAGGGCUUGA